UUCAAAGUCAGAUAAGGUAGGAAAUAGCAGCAGGGCCCGUUGGGGACUCUCACACCCCAGACCCAACUCCAGCGACCGCAACGUGGCUGGUUCCCUGUGGAGACCCGAGGGGGCGGCGGUGCUCUGUGCAGUUUGAGAAACAACUCUGCACCCGGCUCCUCUCUCUGUGGCUCCCGUGACACCCGCCCUGCCAGGCUGUCGCUUUCAUAGCUUUCCUCAGACGCGGUUUUUAAACGUUGUGUGCUACUCUGGCAAAUGUCUUUAAGACGUGAUGGAACGUGAGGCGUGAGAUGCUGCGUGGGGAUGAGGACGAGUGAGAGGCAGCCAACCCAAAGCCGCUUUGCAGAAGUUCCUGUGGGGAGAGGGGGCAGGGCCACCUCUGUGUGUGUGUCGCUGGGGGGGGGGGUCACCCCUGAGAAGGGCCCGCGGGGCACCGGCUGAGGCCUACACCUACAGGCCACGGCCUACAGGCUUCCGUUGGCUUUUUGUCCUUGUCUGACUUUGCUGUGAUAAACAGGUCGCUGCCACAGGUGCCCCCAGUGACCCACCCGCGAGGCUCUGUCAGACGUGGCGAAAGCCCAGAAGGCCAGGCCUGGGGGCCUCUGUCUUGCCCGGCGCAGGUCUGGCCCUGUUUCCCUUCUCCCGUGUAGCCAUUUCUGCCUUCGGGGAGCCCUCAAUUCCUGUUGACUCAAAGAGCUCCCUCCAUCUUCCACCGCAAGCCUGUCAGCUCAGACGUCCUCAUAAUCUCUGAACCCGUUUUGGUCAGGACAGGAAGCGCAAGGCUCCCUUCCUGCCCCUGUUUUCCUGAGAGAAAACUAUCUUCCCUCCUUUUUUGCAUAUUUGGCAAAUGGUCCCACCUUUCUCUCCGCCCCAGUGGAGUGUGCAGGCGGUGGUGGAGGAGACGGGCCGCCACCCCAGGGGACAGCAGGGUCCCUCUCAGGCGGCUGAGUCGAGGGGACUCCACGCGGCCCAGGGUCCGAAGACCCCACCCCAGUCCUCAAAAGGCAGCACCCGUAGGUCUCUGGGAGGCACGCGCUCACCGUGUCGCCAGCCCCCAGAACACCCGCCGUCCUGAGUGUGCAGACGGCUGCUGGGAUGGGGCUGCCUCCUGGAGGGCACACACAGGACACACAGAUAACCUGAGGACAAUGGACGCUGAUGAGAGUCGAGACAUGUCCCGAGUUUCAGGGAAGGAAAGUCCCCCAGUGAGUGACACUCCAGAUGAUGGGGACGAACCGAUGCCCGUCCCCGAAGACCUUUCCACCACGUCUGGAGGACAGCAGAGCUCCAAGUCCGAGAGAGGAGCGGUUACAUAUGGGGCCGAUGGCUUUAGGGAUUUUCAUGCACUCAUUCCCAAAUCUUUCUCUCCCGGUAAUGUUAAAGUAGAGGCUCAGAGUGAUGAAGAGAAUGGGCGGGCCUGUGAAGUGAAUGGGGAAGAAUGUGCGGAGGAUUUACGAGUGCUUGAUGCCGCGGGAGAGAAAAUGAAUGGCCCCCACAGUGGCCAAGGCAGCAGAGCUCUGUCAGGAGCUGGAGGCAUUCGACUUCCUAACGGCAAACUAAAGUGUGAUGUCUGUGGGAUAAUUUGCAUCGGCCCCAAUGUGCUCAUGGUCCACAAAAGAAGCCACACUGGCGAACGGCCUUUCCAGUGCAACCAGUGCGGGGCCUCGUUCACGCAGAAGGGCAACCUGCUUCGGCACAUCAAGCUGCACUCUGGGGAGAAGCCCUUUAAGUGUCAUCUCUGCAAUUACGCGUGCCGCCGGCGGGACGCCCUCACUGGCCACCUGAGGACGCACUCCGUUGGUAAACCUCACAAAUGUGGAUAUUGUGGCCGAAGCUAUAAACAGCGAAGCUCUUUAGAGGAACAUAAAGAGCGUUGCCACAACUACUUGCAAAGCAUGGGCCUUCCAGGCACGCUGUACCCAGUCAUUAAAGAAGAAGCUAAUCACAGUGAGAUGGCAGAAGAUCUGUGCAAGAUAGGAUCAGAGAGAUCCCUCGUGCUGGACAGACUAGCAAGUAACGUCGCCAAACGUAAGAGCUCUAUGCCUCAGAAAUUUGUUGGGGACAAGUGUCUGUCGGACAUGCCCUACGACGGCGGCGCCAGCUACGAGAAGGAAAACGAGAUGAUGCAGACCCACGUGAUGGACCAAGCCAUCAACAACGCCAUCAGCUACCUGGGGGCCGAGUCCCUGCGCCCGCUGGUGCAGACACCCCCGGGCAGCUCGGAGGUCGUCCCGGGCAUCAGCCCCAUGUACCAGCUCCACAAGCCCCACGCGGAGGGCCCCCCGCGGUCCAACCACGCGGCCCAGGACAGCGCCGUGGAGAACCUGCUGCUGCUCUCCAAGGCCAAGUCCGUGUCCUCCGAGAGGGAGGCGUCCCCAAACAACAGCUGCCAAGACUCGACGGACACCGAGAGCAACGCCGAGGAGCAGCGGGGCGGCCUCAUCUACCUGACCAACCACAUCACGCCCCACGCGCGCAACGGCCUGUCCAUCAAGGAGGAGCACGCGGCCUACGACGUGCUGCGGGCGGCCUCCGACGGCUCCCAGGACGCCUGCCGCGUGAUCGGCGCGGGCGGGGAGCCCAUGAAGGUGUACAAGUGCGAACACUGCAGGGUGCUCUUCCUGGACCACGUCAUGUACACCAUCCACAUGGGCUGUCACGGCUUCCGUGAUCCUUUUGAGUGCAACAUGUGCGGCUACCACAGCCAGGACCGCUACGAGUUCUCGUCCCACAUCACCCGGGGCGAGCACCGCUUCCACAUGAGCUAAACCCUGCGCGCGGCUGCCGGCCCGCAGAGGAAGCACGCGGGGGUGGGGGUGGGGGUGGGGGGAGGGGGGGCGGCCAGGCCCUCCCCUCCCGCCAGCAGCACGGACUGGACCAGAACCUUGUGCUUUUGAUUUCUCGGUGGUUCUCUUGUUUUGUUUUGUAGUUUUCAGUCGGUUGGGGUUUGAUUUGCUUUGGAACACGAGGUGAUUUUUUUUUUUUAUGGUUAGAUGCAGGGUUACGUUUGGAGCACCCCCCCGCCCCAAACUGCUCUCUUCCUAGAUGUUUGCCAUAGACUGCGAGCUGAAGUCCCCUCUAGCUGUGGCUUCCUGGAAGCCCCCCGCCCGCCCCCCUCCGCAAGACUCAUCACUCUCAGAGAAAGUUUGAUACAAACAGGUCAGAGCCCAGGAAGGAAUGAGCCGGGGAGCAGACCUCCAGGCGCCACCCCUUCCCGGCGCCCCCCCCUCCCAACGCAGCAGGGUCUAGAAACCCAAGUCAUAGCUUGUGGCUGUGUGUGUCUAGGGCUGGAGGCCUGCAGUUUCUAAGAGAUGUUGUAAGUCACAGCCCGCACAAAAGGCAAAUUGUUGGAGGAAAGUUGGACUCCUCGGACAAAGGGAGGGGCCAGAGAGCCUGUUGGUCUGGUUCUCAAUUUCAAAACCGAGGUAGCCUUCCAAGGCUGGCGGGCAAGAAGAGUCUGAACACUGUAUUCCUGGAGGCAGGUGUGGAGACGGCUGCCCUCUGCCUACUCCAGUCCGUGCCUUUCAUGGCCCAGAGUCUAUCACUAUGUUUCUAACAUCCAUCCCAAAGCUUGGACCUUACUUCCUCUGAACCUCUCAAAGGGUCAAAUUACCGCGAAACCAAGGCUUGAUUCCAAAUUCUACACCUGUUGCUUCCCUGGCUGGUUCCCCUGACAGGCAGAAGCCUGCCUUUCCUUCAGAGGCCCAACCUAGACCCCACUUCAACUAUGUCGUUGUUUUGUUUGUUGGUAAGUUUCUUUCCCUGCCCUCAUUCUGCAUCAUUCAGGUUUUAAAAUCCACGAAAGCAGGGUUCAGGAUGGUCAUUAAUUUUCAGAGCAAGGGAACGUGACAGGCGAGGCCCAGGAGAUGUUGUUCAUACACAGGACCCACGCCUUGGAAACCAAACUUUGAAACAGCCUGAGACUCCCCCGUGAGGACAGAGCAGUCCUUGUGUGCCUGCACAUGGACAUGAUGUGUGGCCCCGCGUCCCUUCUCCCUGGGAAUGUGGAACGGUCGGGAGCGAUCGCAUAACCAGCCAGCGGGAUCUGACGGGAAAGAGGCAGGUGGUGGCAGAGGUAGAACCUUCCUCGGGCAUGACGGGAGCCCCGCUGAGGUGUUUGGUGAUUGGGAUGCCAACCCAGAGGGGUAACCCUCAAGGUUCAUCCUGUCGUUAAGGAUGAUGACCCCAGUCACCUAGGCAAAUGAGAGCACACGGUUUCACACCUUUACGUGGCUUCGCCAAAACUGAGCCAAGGUGAACACGGGGAAAAAGAAAACAGAGGAAAAAUUGUCCAUUGGCCCCUCCGCAUUUAGUCUAAAUCGAGGUUUCUUAGUCACGGUGCUGUUGACAUUUGGGGCUGGGCAGUUCUUUGUGGUGGGGGAUUCUCCUGUGGGUUCUUAGCAUCCUUCCUGGUCACUACACAACAGAUACCCGUAGCAUCCCUGUUCGACACCCCAAAAUCUCUCCAGAUGUUGCCACACAUCCCCUGGGGAGCAAAUCCUCCCUACUCGAGAACUGCUGCUCUCGUUCUAAGCCAGUCCAAGGUCUGGGGAAGCCUUCCACAGAGAAACACGCUUGAAGAAUUUUCCCCCUCCGCCGUGUAGCCCCUGACCCGUGUUCCUCUGUGUUCAUCGCAAAUUCUAGAAAUGAAUUUAUCCCACCUUCCUGUGCGCAUUUGGGUUUUGCUGAGAGGAUGAAGUCCACACCCAUCCUUGAGUCACACGUUUCUUGGCUUACAGGACUGGGACGGUGUUUUGAAACUGGAAAGAAACAUUGCAUUGACGCAGGGGCGUGCAAAGGCCCUGUGUAAAGUGCUGUAGAGACAGAUAGGGGGCGCGGGCGGUGCCAUACGCAGCCACAAAGAAAGUGAGAGAGACACAAAUUUCCUGUUUGCUGGGGCCACUCAGACCCGCCCUGUUCCCUUCCAUCAUCCCACAGAGCCAGUUGGUUGAAAAGAGUUAGCUGCCCCCCCAAAAAACUUCUCACCCCCGCCCCUCGCUGUGGCUUCAAACAAAGCUGAACCCAGAACUGUAAAUAGCGGAUACAAAUGUUCUUUUCUAAAGCGCUUCCCCUCCGCUCACUGCCUUUUCUAGCCAAUGUAACCAUCUAUUUACAUACCUUUUCUUGUGGUGUUCUAUGCUAACACCGUUUUUCUUUGAGAUUAUUGUGUUGGAGGUAACGGUCCCAUAGAAUGUCAGCUGGUAACUAAGUUACGUUAGGAAGGUGGUCAUAUUCUGUACCAAAAGCCGUUCACGUUUUUCUUCUAGCCGAGCAACGUAGGAUUGUGCAUGACCUCACGCCGUUUCUGUUCUGUGGUCUGUUCUGCUGCUGGAUGGUGUGAAUGUGUGUCUCGAGAACCGCUGUGUUCUGAAGUGUGCCUAGGCUUCGUGCCCCCGCAUUUGAAAAUAAACGUCAGAGACAAGAGCGCCGCUCUCGCGGGUGGAUGUGUGGGUUAUGGUAAGAAAUCGCUGCCCCUCUGUCUCUGAGCUGCUGUGGACCGAAAGCCUGGACACCUGCUCCUCAUCCAGGUCCCUUCUGUGCCGUAUGCCUUAGAGCACACGCUGCCCUGUCCAAAGAGUCACUAAAAAAGAAUUGUGACUUUUCUUCAUCCGUCACCAAGGGGCGUAUGCCUGUCACUUCAGAGACCAGAGUGUUCCAUUUUCAAUGUAGAAUCCACCACAUGAAAUCUUAGAGUCUUCAUUGAGAAAGAAAGCUACUGUUACAGGCAUUUGAGUUUGUUCUUUUUUUGGGGGGGGAGGGGGGGUUCUUUCUGUUUUUGUGGGGAUUUUUUUUCUUGUCUGUUCUCAUCACUGUGUAACCCUGAUGAGCGUCACGCUCUUGCCAAAACAAAAGCGACAUCUAAUGGACUUACAUAGGUUGGGAAGCAAAGUAUUACUCUAUCCUGCACUUCCUAAGUGUCAGCAAUAAUGAAGGGUCAGCUGUAUCUAAAAAUCCCGAUAGCUGUCAUAUUCAGUUCAGUGUGUGUGUGUGUGUGUGUGUGUGUGUGUGUGUGUGUUUUACUUAAAAAAUGAACCAAACUCAGAUUUAUUUAAGAUGUUCAGUCUUGGGAAAACGGAAGCACAUCCACAGUUGGUGUGGUCUUGGUGUGGUGGCAUUCACUGUGAACAGACGUAGCCAGAAAUUAAUAUGCAAUAUUGUUUUAAAUACUUUCUAAUACACUUUUCUAUGAUGUUGUGUGUGUAGCCAGUGCUGCCUGGGGUCUUCGUCCACCAUUCUGGAAAAUAUGUGUACAGGACUGUAAAUGAGAAAAAAAUGCUGUUGUAUUUGCUAUCCGCCUCUCUGGUGAUGUUAAAUUAUUUCUGUUUAGCUGUGAACAAGGGGCGUGCCCCUGGAGGGAUAUAGGAUACUUUUGUACACAUUUUGAAAUGCUUUUUUCUGUAGUGGUAGAACAAUAAAUGCAACAAACACUU